UUUUGUAUAUUUCCCUCGCCAAACACAGCCGCCGUCUUGGCCAAUCACCAUGACAGCCUGACGCUCAGUCCGAGCGAGCACAGCGUCGUGCGCUACACCAACGAAUCCCUCAUUGUCGAGUGCCGCGGCCCCGGUCCGGAUGUGAAGCUGCACUGGAAAUCGCCGAAAGGCGAAAUAAUACGCGAGCACAAAGGACGCAUACACAUCGAGCAAACGGCGCCAGAACAAUUGAAAAUCGUUUUUGCACACAUCGCUCUGGCGGACAAGGGCAAUUGGACGUGCGAAGCUGCGGAGGGGGGGCUGCAUAGUAAAUCGUUUGAUUUGAUUGUAUAUCAGAAAAUUACAUUCACCGAAAAGGAUACAGUUAAAACUGUGAAGGAAGGUCAAAAUGCGACAAUCUUAUGCGAGGUGAAGGGCGAGCCGCAACCGAAUGUCACCUGGCAUUUCAAUGGACAGCCCAUUACUGUGGAUGCAAACGCCCCGAAAUUUCGCAUUCUGGCGGAUGGUUUGCUCAUCAACAAGGUAACACAGAGUGACACCGGCGAGUACACGUGCCGGGCAUACCAAGUGAAUUCGAUUGCUUCCGAUAUGCAGGAGCGCACAGUUUUGAUGAAAAUCGAACAUAAGCCGCAUUGGACGCAGAAGCCGCAUGUUGGCCUGCAGUACGCGUACAUCAACGGCACGGCGAGCAUCAUGUGCGAGGCGCAGGCGGAGCCGCCGGCCACGUUCAGCUGGUACCGCAAGCAGAAGCGCCUGGAGAGCAACGAGAAGCUCUACACCAUCGAGUCGGAUAGCCAUUGGUCGCGUCUGACUAUCCGUGUGCUGGAUGCGAAGGUAUUUGACAACUAUCGCUGCCUCGCCCACAAUCACCUGGGCAGCAUCGAGCGCAUCACGCGACUCGAGGAGGGCGAGAAGCCGCCGCCGCCGUCCGUCUUCCAGCUGCGCGGCUACAACUCGAACACUUUUGAUGUUGAUUUGAGCGCGCCGCGGGAUAAGGAUCAGCUCGGACCUAUGGACGUGAAUGGCUUCCGCAUUGAGUACAUGACAGAGAUGGAAUUCAAAGCCGAUGCGGGCAAAUGGACGAAUGCCAAGCGCAAGGAUUUCCCCUACGAGGAGGGUGCCAAUUUUCUCAUAACGAACCUCGAGCCGGAUACCGUCUAUCUGAUACGCGCUGCCUCGCGUAAUCUGGCCGGCUUCAGUGACUAUAGCAAAGUGGAGAAGUGCAAGACUCUGUCGCUGGAGCCGCGCGUCUCGUCCGGCUCAUUGUUGCCAAAUUCCUAUCCGCUGCUGUAUGUUUUGCUGCUGCACCAACUGCUGCGGCAUGGCCACUGAGUGCUUGCAAAGCUGUGCGCCUCCCCUCCCCUCCGCUCCCCCAAAAAUAAUUCCAUGUGCUUUGUCUAGCUUUAAGGCGUCGCCACGUUAACCUCUUCAGUGACUGCUGCCCGAUCGCUGCUCGUGUUAUGUAACGUCUACUAACUAAUCGUCUAAGUUGUUAAUAUAACCACUCUUAAGCUUAAGUUAAUACAGAGUUUCGUUCAGUUCAUCUGCAAGCCCAGCAAAUUAGCUAAAAUUUAUAACAAAGGUUUUCAAAACAGAAGUAAAAAUAACUCUUAGAUGGGCGCUUAGUGCUUAGUUUUUAAA